UCGCUCUCUGAUUGGCUGCUCAUCCCACCUGAGGGACGACGGGCCAGUUCCGGGAUUCCGAUGGCGGCCUAGCAAGCGAGCUAACUAGUUUGCUAGCGGCUAACUCAAGGAGGACCGUAACGACCCACAAUCCUACCGACAAGACAGCUCGCAUGUUCCGUGUUAGGACAUCCAACAGCUGACCCACAGAGCCAGUGGGUAAAAGAAGACGGGGGACAAAGAGAAGAACGGACUAAAAUGCCUCAGACUACAUAACAUCUCUGCGGCACAUGGCUUUGUUUAAGAGAUGCAGAAUGGGAAAGGAGGUCUAUCUGCAGAGAAUUUGGAGGUGGGAGAGGUCUCUACACCCAGACCCGGCCAAGUGCGGAGACAGCUCGAUGACACACACAGGGCUUCUUUUUGGAUUGAGUUGAUUUUGAACCCAUAUUGAAGCAAAGACUGAAGGUAGGGGUCUCACACAAACCAGGGGACUCUGCUCGGCUGUUUAAGCUGUUGUACUUGCAAAAGCAAGGCUGGACAUCAUUUUGUAUACCGUUUUUUUCUUCAUCAGCUUUUUGAAAAUAUACUCCAGCUGGACUUUUGUUCGAUGCAGCUUCCAGCAACUAGUUUAAAAUGGGAUUUGUUUUAGUUUCCCCUGCUGACUUAGUUUGAAACGCUGGAACUGUUCCUUCUGCCGCCAUCCUCCGUUUCUUCCACCCACCCAGUGCCUAAAUACGCCCUCUCGGGACAAUCACAGAAGUCCUCAGCAGCUGCUGCGCUCAAUCCUCUGCCUGUUCUCCUCUAUGUGCUUCUGCUCUCGGCCUGCUGGCUAUCCACCCACUACCUCUUUCAUUUUCUGGUCUUUUAUUUUUAAUAUGAAUUUUCAUCAGAACUCAAGCACAGCGGCAUUAAUGUAAACGCUGAGUUUUAGGAGUGGAGAGAAACCCAAAUUCCUCCAGUUUAAGUCGUGUGCAAGGUACUGUGCUUUUGUGUUGAAGCACACAAGCGUUACAGUUGCUCUGGUGCCAGGGAGCAGUACAAUUAGAUUUAUUUAUAUUGUUGCACCAAAUACAGUUACAUUAAAGCCAUACAAAAAGAUUUAUAAAUUACCUACACAUAUUUUUGUAUCACCUUGCUCUUGUAAAGUCUUGCUUUUAUAAACCUCUAUUAUGCACACAACUUAAGUAACAUUACAACAAGCUGUACACAUGCAAAGCUAAAUGUAAAGCUGUAUACUGCUUUAUAAAAAUCCUCUGAUUUUGAGUGAUAUAUUGGUGCCAGGAGACAUUUAGUGUCUGGACACAGAGAAACCCUCAUGUUUCCAUUCAGUUGCUGCUUUGCAUAGUGUUUUCUUUUUCCUUGUCUGUAGUCAUGGCCCCUCCUCCAAAACAAACCCCACAUUUGCCAUUUUGACCCGUAAAGCACCGUUUACAGUAGGUAGACCGUAGAUACCUACCUCUCUCUCUGUCUUCCUCCGCACUCUGUGUCUCUGAUGCCGGGCUUCAGUGGUGGCGGGGUUGGGGGAGGAGUAGGUGUCCCUGCUUCUGCUCCUCCCCGUCCAUUUCGUCCCAGCCGAUAUGUCCCGGUGUCGGCAGCCACCACUUUCCUAGUCGGAUCCACUACCCUCUUCUUCUGCUUCACGUGUCCAUGGUUGUCAGAGUAUUUCUCCUCUGUCAUUCCAAUCUACAUUGCUGUGAUCUUCCUCUUCACCCUCGCCAACUUCUGUAUGGCCACUUUCAUGGACCCUGGAGUCUUCCCCAGAGCGGAGGAGGAUGAGGACAAAGAAGAUGAUUUCCGUGCUCCGCUCUACAAGACCGUGGAGAUCAAGGGGAUCCAGGUGCGAAUGAAGUGGUGCUCGACCUGCCGCUUCUACCGUCCGCCGCGCUGCUCGCACUGCUCAGUCUGCGACAACUGUGUGGAGGAUUUUGACCACCACUGUCCUUGGGUGAACAACUGCAUUGGUCGGAGGAAUUAUCGCCAUUUCUUCCUCUUCUUGCUAUCACUUACCACGCACAUCAUGAACGUAUUUGGGUUUGGCUUGGUUUAUGUGCUGCACCACCGCCAGCAGCUGGACACGCCACAUGCUGCGGUUACUAUGGCUGUAAUGUGUGUGGCUGGCCUUUUUUUUGUCCCAGUCGCUGGCCUGACUGGGUUCCACAUGGUGUUGGUGGCACGCGGUAGGACCACAAAUGAACAGGUGACAGGGAAGUUUCGGGGAGGUGUUAACCCCUUCACCAACGGCUGCAUGAGGAAUAUUUCUCAUGUGCUGUGCAGCUCCCAGGCCCCCAGAUACAUGGGACGGAGGCGGAGCCAUCAAUCAGUGGAUGUACAGCCACCAUUUCUUAGACCGCCCCUCACUGAGGCCCAGCUAGAAGCCAAGGUCCUGGACAACGGCAUCCAGAAUGACCGACACAGCACCAGGUCCAAGAGUAGUCUAGAGCAGAUGGAGAGCCAGUCAGCUGAUGCAGAGCCUCCGCCUCCUCCAAAGCCAGAGCUUCGUUAUCCUGGCCUGCCCCGUGCUGACACGGAGGAGAGCAGCUUAUUGACUAAAGCUCCAACUACGCCGUCAAUGUAUAAGUACCGACCACCUUACAACAGCCCAGGAAGGAACCACACUGCCCUCACACACCCCAACAAGAUGAUCCGUGGGGAUAGUCUUGACUCUCCAUCUCCCUCCAUCCUCCAGUCCAGCCGUCAGCCUAGCUACCGCUCGGAGCCGAACAGCUUGGACGGGACCACAGUGGUGGGGGGAGGUGCAGGGGCGCGCAGAGGGGGAGGGGAGAGGGGUGAGGGCCCCGGAGGCUCUGGCGGGACUGCUGGGGUGAUGCCAGGGGGCAUGUCAGGUUACUCCCUUACUGGGCGCUCCUACACCUCCUACCCAUCCUCUCUGGUUCUGUCCACUGGCGGCUCUCACUCCUCCAGCCUGCGCUCGGCUCACACGGCACAAAACCCGCUGGCCACGCUCCAAUCAGAGGGCACCACAGACACCAGCUACAAAAGCCUGGCUAAUCAAACGCCUCGGAAUGGCAGCCUGUCCUAUGACAGCCUUCUGACACCAUCCGAGAGCCCAGAGUUUGAGUCAGCCGCUCAUGAGCUGUCACCGCAGAAACCUCGAGCUCCGUUUCCUUCAGCGACUAUAACAGGCCAGCGUGAGGUGGUGUCACCCAGCAGCCCGCUGCAGGGCUACACGUCGCCCUUCCUCUCAGCUCAGAUCGCUCAGCAGAGGGAGGGGCAGCUGCUCCAGGGCUCUGCCACUUUCUCCUCCCCCCACAGGGCCUACCUGCGUGCCGUCAGCCCGCCCCCUCCCCCCUCUGGGCCUCCUGAGAUCCAGCACCUGCUCCAGCUUAACCACGACUCCUCCUCCCGAGCCCCUCGUAACCUUUCCUCCUCUUCCCCUUUGGCUCGUUCACUAGAGCCCCCUGUCUCCCCGCCACCUCGCGGCCUCUCCCUCGGCAAGUCCCAGUCUAAUGUUGGGGAGGCAGGACCUCAGCACAAGCCUCGGGCUUCAGGAGGAGGCAUUGUGCUGGGAGGGGGAGGAGCCGGAGGAGGGCAACAGGCUCCACAAUCCACCUCUCGUCCAGUCUUGGCCAAUCACACACCAUCCAGACCAGGGGGCGGAGUCAAGAAGGUGACGGGUGUUGGAGGGACCACUUACGAGAUAUCGGUUUGAGUGACAGACAUCCUUCAUGGUCCAUCACAAAGAAUGGGGAAAAGUCACAGGACUACUUCCACUUGUCUCUGACCUGAGCUGGAUGUUAUUCAUGACUGUAAGCUCCUGAAAAAUGACUGUUUUCCACUGCAAAAGACUAAAGGAGCAGGCCUGUCUGGUACUCACUUUGUUAUAUUUGUAACUCCACCCACUGGCAGAUUUGAACAAAGAGUAAAAGGGGACACUUUUUCACUGGAUCAAGUCGACUCCAUUUAGCCACUUUGUGAGCCAUAGAUGGAUGUGACUGUAUCAUCAUGGCUGGGCACAGAUCUGUCUAUAAAACACCCAUAGCUAUUCAAUGAUUUGCAGUUUUAUUUGGACAUUAGCACACGGAGUAUUGCCCACCGUGUCCGACACUUAAGGAAAGGAUGUCCUUUAUCCAGUGGAUGUAGAAACCUAAGUAGGAGGAUUUAGGACUGUUGACCAAUAGAAACAUCUUUUCCAACGGACCACUCAACCGAUUUAUCUAUAAGAGUCAUGGAGAGAGAGUCGUACCUAUAAAAACAGUAUCAUUUUAGUUUUCUAAAUCUUUUUUUAAAAAUGUUGUUUUAUAUAAAUGUAUAAAAUCUUACAGAUUAUUAUUAUUAUUAUUAUUAUUGGGUCAACUUGUCAGGUAUUGAAGAUGACUUUGGAUAAGGGUGACAGAUGUACUGUGUGUAAUUAUUCAUGAACGCAAUCUCAAAUCAGUUGCCUGUUUUUUAUUUUAAUGGCUGCAUCAGCCACUCAUGAGUUUGUGCUGGAAUUUUCAUCGUCCAAAGAGAAUGAUGAUCGUUUGGUGGACAAGUGGUAAAUAAUUUAGCUUGAUUUCCUGAAAGCCGCAAAGAAAUUCUGAAUCACAACUGCAGCACAAGUAUCUUUGUGGAAUGUACGCUUUUAAUGUUUAUGCUAGAGAUAAUAUGCAAAAUCUCUUAGUAGCUUUAAGAUCAUUAUGUACUUUUUUUGUCUCUUUCUUCUUUUCUGUCAAUCAAGAUGCGAAGUAGAACCUUUAAUAGGUGGCCAGCAAAAUAGGGGCAGCAAUGGAAGAAGGGCUUAUUUAUUUUUACCAGACAUGACAACCUUGUAGUGUUGGACACCAUUUCAAACCUGUCUCGACCAGAUUGUCAUUUUGUCUUUUUGAGAAAAGUAUGAAUAUUUUUUACAACAAAGACUUUAUAAAUUAAAUUGUAAAAGCGCUGCGCCACUUAAUAGCAUUUCAAGGAGGGACUGUCUGUUUUUUUUUAUUUUUCUGCCUUGAGACCAUACAUAGUGAAGCAUGCACAUUGACAUUUUUUUCUAUUUAUUUGUAUUUUUUACACUUGAGGAAAAAGAAAUGUACGUCAGAGUAGAUUUUUUUUGAUUGGCUUUUAAAACUUAUGUAAAGGUACAGACUUUUUUUUAUUUUUUUUUAACCCAAGCCCAUUUUGAGAAAGAAAAAAGGAGAGCAGAUUUUUUUUUUGAGUUUCAGGAUUGGGUAUUAAAGUGGAGUUUUUAUUUAUUUUAUUUGUCCUAUUAAGGCCUCCAGCGGUGUUCACACUAGAAUGUCAAAGCUGGCUGACUGUAGCACGUCUUUGGGGGAAAGUACUUCCUUGAAGUAUCAUUGUUCAACCCAAAGGACCAUGUUACUAGUUUUCAACCCUACCAGACUGUCUUCGGCAUGCAUGUGUUUUUUGUUUGUCGAGCUAAAUGCUUCACUGGUGUGCAAACUUGAGAAUAUUGGCAAUAUGGUGAUGUGUGGGUGAUUACAAGUCAAGAAGCAUCAUUAAUGGCACAGGCAGCCUUCGUAAGGAGAUAAAAAGAACCUGCGAUACUUUUCUUCCUGCUCUGGCCAUGAUCGUUGGCCACUGAACAAUUUGAAACUAUGUGAGUAUACUUCUGUGAGAUAAAAUAUUACUAUUGUGGGCUGUGAUGAAUGGAACGAGUUUCACAAAUAUCUGUAACGAGUACAUUUAAGACAUUUCCAAAAUGGCCUUUAUAAAGAAUUUUGAAAAAGAUGGCUUCUCAGAAUAAAAAGGUAAAACUGA